CAGCAGCAGCCGGGGAGAUGGCCAAGCUGCUGAGCUGCGUCCUGGGGCCCCGGCUCUAUCGGGUCUACCGGGAACGGGAUCCCGCCAGGCCUCCCAACACCGGGCCCGGAGGCCCACCUCCCCUCCCCACCGCCCGGGCCGGCUCCUGGGAAUCCUACUACCAGCCCCGGGCCCUAGAGAAACAUGCGGACAGUAUCCUGGCACUGGCCUCGGUCCUCUGGUCCAUCUCAUAUUACUCCUCGCCUUUGGCAUUCUUCUAUCUGUACCGAAAAGGUUACCUGAGCAUGUCGAAAGUGGUUCCGUUCUCCCACUAUGCUGGGACGCUGCUGCUGCUGCUGGCGGGGGUGGCCUGCCUCCGGGGCAUCGGCCGUUGGACCAACCCCCAUUAUAUCCAGUUCAUCACAGUCCUAGAGGAUGCCCACAGGACUGGCACCCCAGAAAGCAAGAAGCGGCUCUCCAGCUACAACUUUGACUUCAGGAGCUGGCCCAUUGACUUCCACUGGCAGGAGCCCGGCACCCGGAAGGAUGCACAAAGCGGCCCCUCCCGUCAAGGGGUGGCCCUCCUACGUCCUGAGCCCCUUCACCGGGGGGCAGCCGACGGAGUCCUGGACCGCAUCAAGAAGCUGCCCUGCCAGGUGGCCAGUUACCUGGUGGCCCACUCCCUGGGGCGGAGGAUGCUGUACCCCGGCUCCGUCUACCUGCUCCAGAAGGCCCUGAUGCCCGCCCUGCUGCAAGGCCAGGCCCACCUGGUAGAGGAGUGUAACGGCCAACGGGCCAAGCUGGUGGCUUGCGACGGCAACGAGAUCGACACCAUGUUUGUGGACCGGAGAGGCCCCCUGGAAGCCCGAGGCCAGAAGCUGGUGAUAUGCUGUGAAGGGAACGCCGGCUUCUACGAAGUGGGCUGUGUCUGUACUCCACUGGAAGCGGGUUACUCCGUCCUGGGCUGGAACCACCCCGGCUUCGCUGGCAGCACGGGUGUCCCCUUCCCCCAGAAUGAAGCCAACGCCAUGGAUGUGGUCCUGCAGUACGCCAUCCAUCGGCUUGGCUUCCAGCCCAAGGACAUCAUCCUGUAUGCAUGGUCUAUCGGGGGCUUCACAGCCACCUGGGCCUCCAUGUCGUACCCGGAGCUCAGUGCCCUGGUCCUGGAUGCCUCCUUUGAUGACCUGGUGCCCCUCGCCCUCAAGGUCAUGCCCAACAGCUGGAGGGGCCUGGUGACGCGGACGGUGAGGCAGCACCUGAACCUGAACAACGCCGAGCAGCUCUGCAGGUACCAGGGGCCGGUGCUGUUGAUCCGUAGGACCAAGGAUGAGAUCAUCACCACCACGGUCCCCGACGAUAUCGCCUCCAAUCGAGGCAACAAUCUGCUGCUCAGACUCCUUCAGCACCGGUACCCCCGGGUGAUGGGGGAGGACGGACUGCACGCCGUGCAUCAGUGGCUGGAUGCGGGGUCGGUCUUGGAGGAAGCCUCAGUGUACAGCCAGGCCGAGGUGGAUGAGGAGUGGUGCCUGUCCGUACUUCGCUCCUACCAGGCCGAGCACGGCAGCGAUUUCCCCUGGACCGUGGGAGAUGACUUAAGUUCUGAUGGGCGUCGGCAGCUGGCACUGUUCCUGGCCCGAAAGCAUCUGCACAACUUUGAAGCCACACACUGCACCCCGCUGCCCUCCCAUGAAUUCCAACUCCCCUGGCACCUGUAGUCCCCGGUCGGGAGGGGAGCGGGCUGGGGGCCCAGUCCUACGGCUGCAUCAUUUCUCUGUGUGCGUGUUCCUGUUUGCUGUUCUCUCUCCCACACACCCGGCCCCUUGGAAACACUCCCGGGGCCCCUCGUCGAGUACCCACAGAUUAUUAAUAAAAUAAUUAAUAAAAGGUA